GUGCGUCACUGACGUGGCGAAGGCGGUGCAUUUCGUCCCUCCUCUGCCGUGGACUCAAACCACCCCAGGCGGGAUUUGGUCGCAGUUUUUUUUUGGGGGGGGGCUUUAUUUUUUUGAUUAGCUUCUUUAGCUUCACUGUUGCUCAAAUACAUUCACGAACCACCGUAACUGCGAUCCUUGAGUCGAUUUAAAGCGAGACGAGGGUCAGCUUCCCCUCAGACACAGACAGGCCACCAUGAAGCUAACGGACAAUGUGCUUCGGAGCUUUAGGGUUGCUAAGGUGUUCCGAGAGAAUACGGACAAAAUUAACUGCUUCGACUUCUGCUCAAACGGAGAAGCGAUCAUUUCCAGCAGCGACGACGACUCGCUGGUCUUGUACGACUGCCAGGAAGGAAAACCAAAAAGAACGCUCUACAGUAAAAAGUAUGGAGUGGAUCUGAUCAGGUACACACAUGCUGCAAACACGGUGGUCUACAGUUCCAACAAAAUAGAUGACACUAUCCGGUAUUUGUCUCUUCAUGACAACAAGUAUAUCCGGUACUUUCCUGGACACAACAAAAGAGUGACUUCUCUGUCCAUGUCUCCUGUGGAUGACACGUUUAUUUCCGGCUCAUUAGACAAAACCAUCAGAUUGUGGGAUCUGCGCUCCCCGAACUGCCAGGGCUUGAUGCACCUACAGGGGAAGCCUGUUUGCUCCUUUGAUCCAGAGGGUCUCAUUUUUGCUGCCGGAAUAAAUUCAGAGAUGGUGAAACUCUAUGAUUUACGCUCAUUUGAUAAGGGUCCCUUUGCAACUUUCAAGCUUCAGUACGAUCCGACAUGCGAGUGGACUGGACUCAAGUUUAGCAACGACGGAAAACUCAUUCUUCUCUCUACUAACGGCGGAGCUCUUCGCAUCUUGGAUGCUUUUAAGGGAGCUGUGCUGCAUUCUUUUGGGGGCUACAACAACAGUAAAGGUGUAACGUUGGAGGCUUCUUUCACUCCGGAUUCUCAGUUUGUGAUGAUUGGCUCCGAAGACGGAAAGAUCCAUGUGUGGAACGCUGAAAGCGGGAUGAAGGUGGCGUUAUUAGACGGGAAGCACACAGGCCCGAUUACCUGUCUGCAGUUCAACCCAAAGUUCAUGACGUUUGCCAGCGCCUGCUCCAACAUGGCUUUCUGGCUGCCAACCAUUGAUGACUGAGGAGGAAAGUGAAGCUUCUGUUGCAGGAGCAGCUGACCAGCAGGGGGCAGUGUGAAUGUCACAAAAUCAAAUUCAUAUUGUAAAUAAGUGGUUGUAGAAAUAAAACUUUUUUUUUUUUUUUUUUUAUAUUUCUAUUUAACAUUAAAUUGUUUUUCUUUGCAAAAUGAUGGUUUGGACCUUUCCUUUUUGUUUUCUGUGCCAUUAAUCUUUCUUGCUGUGUCUUUGAUUUUUUAAUUUAGUGUAAGAUGACUAUUUAAAGUGAUGCAUUUAGAAAUAAUGUAAAGUUAUUUCCAUUUAUGAAUUAUAUUUCUUUAGACAUUUCAGAAGGAAAUACAUUUUUAGGUUCAAAUGAUAAGGUUUGUUAACAUGAUUGAAUUAAUCUAGUUUUUCUUAUUUAAGUGUGGUUUUAACCAUGUUUUUGUCAGCAUGGUUAGAGCUGAAGGUAUGUUGAAAGCCAGUAUGAACUGGUGUUUUAUAAGAGCAUAAACAUCUUACUCAAUCUGUUGACCAUCGUGUUCGUCUUGUGUGGAAAUGUUUGAGUUAAAUAAGUUGGGUUAAGUUUCCCACGCAUUAAGCUUCCUUUGAGGCACUGUGUUUACUUCAUUAAAAACCUGUUUUUGUCAUAUUU